AUGCCAACACCAUCCUACCUGGCAUCGUACGCUCUCCUCACUCUCUGCACCAAGUUAUUGGUCUGCUUUCGAGGCUCUCUUAGCUCACAUGUCCUCUUCCAGGCUUCACUUGUUGCUCCCCUCUCCCUACGAGACGAGAAUAUCCAGGCUGGUGCCGCGAGUAAAGGGAGGCCAACAUCUCUUCCUGCGCUAAUACCACUCGGCACAACCACAGCUCGGCCGCCUCACCCUCCAGCAUCAGCCUAUCCUCCCGUCGCAUCAUCCCACCCGCCAGCGACCACAGCACACCUGCCUCCCAUAUCGCAUGCAACCGGCGCGUACCCACCACCCGUUGUACACCACCAACCGCCACCAACAUACCACUCCCCAACAACGACGACACCGACGUCAUACCACCAAAUCUCGACGGCACACCAGCCGAUAGCUACAGCAACCCCUCCAGGAACGAUACCUCAUCCUUCGAUCAUGGUGGGAGCGCGAAGCACGGUGGACGCUGCGGCCACCUCGAACCUCAACCCACCUUCGUCCUCUGCCACGUCGACUCACAAAAAACGCAAGUCAGACGCCAUCGAAGACUGCCAAGCCCUGCCCCAGAUCGACGAUGACGACCCUCGCCUCGACCUCUGCGAAGACUCGGCCAACCAGAUCCGCCGCAAGAUCCGUAACUUUAUAGAGGGCGGCUAUAUGAAGGUCGGCGAAUUCCAGACGGCCAUUGGCUGCUCUCCUGCAUCGUACCAGCGUUUCAUGAAGCAGGUCGGCCCUCACGUCGGCUACGGUAGCGACGUCUUUCACGCUGCUAAUCGCUUCUUCCGCAAGCGCGAACUGCAGGGUCUCAAGGCGGCACCCGGUAAAAAGCCUGAUGUCAACGCAGGCGGCGUUUGGCGAGAGAUCGCCCAAGAGCUUCCCCGGCCGACCCGUACAGUGCAGUGGAAACAACUCAACGAUUUUCUAGGUAAAAAAAGGGCGCUACGGCGGGUAACUCCAGCUGCGUCUAUUAUGGUUCAAAAAGUCUUUCUUCGAGAAGGCACCGGCUCAAGGAAGGGAAGCCCUAAAAAUCAAAUGCGCGAGGAGAUGGAGAAGAUACACCCCGGCGGCAUGAACACAACCGAAGUCAUGAACUAUGUCACCUGUUUCGGUAACGAGAGGCCUUACACCGAUAAGUAUGGUCGUCUCGGCUUCACGCAUGGGCCGGGGGGGCCAUCGAGGUGA